AUGAAAACCACCGUCUUGCCAUCUGAUGCCGCCCUGAUCAACAUACAAAAUCCGUCUUUCAUGAAUCUGUUAUUGUGUGCGGCGGAUGUUAUGGAGAUUGAAACUCCUCGAAGAUUUAGGCCUGUUCACUGUGGAUAUGUUGCGUCAAAGUAUCUUCACGAAUGUAUUGAUUUGGGAGGAAUAUCAAGUAUAAAAUGCAUAAGAGCAAGGGGAACACAAGCCCUAACACCAAUGCAGAGCAACCCAACUGACAUUCCUAAUGGCUUCAUUCCAUUUUCAGCGACUUGGCAUUCAUAUGUGAUUAGUAAUCGAAAAAAUGAGAAUUCCAUGGUAAUGAGCUUCAUUGACAGAUUAGUCGAAUGUACUGCUCUGAAGAGGGAAAUUGAAAUCAUCUAUGCUGCAACUUUACCCAAAGCAUCAAAACCUUUCAUAUAUAUGUCACUUAUCUUGCCUCCCGAGCAUGUUGAUGUUAACGUGCAUCCCACAAAGAGAGAGGUUCCAGCUACAAGUAGCAAAGGAGCUGGACCUUCUAUGUUAGAAGGGCAAAGUGGCUAUGGUUCAACCAUGCAAGACUCACCAAAAUUCACAUCUGGAGACUACCCCGCAGCUACCCCAAAGUAUGGCCAGAAAGGGGAAAAUUUCGUCCCUACCGUGAGCAACAAUCCACCUUUUAAUAACAAGAAGAGUAAUAUUGGUUUGAUUGUAUGGAUUUUGGUUUCGGUUGUAGUUGUUCUAAGAAGAUAUAUAAAGAUAUACACAGAACUUCGUUCACCUGUGGAGAAAGAUGAAAUCAUAUUUGAGGACCUAGAUACGUUCACUACAACUAUUGUUGUGAGUAUUGCCUUCUCUUUCAUUCCUGCUUUGUUAGUUGUUGCUAUUAUUAAGACUAGGCUUAGAGCAAUGGUUGCAAGAGAUGAGUUCAGAAGAAGAAGAAACAAGGCUGCAACUAUAGUUCAGCUUGCCAUCGGCGUAAUGCUGCCGGCGAUAAGUCCACCGGGGAUGGUAUCUACCGCCGGUAACAAUGUCCACCUCGACUUGCCGCCGGGGAAAUCACCACUACACCGUCAAGUCUAUCCUUAA